UUCGACCUUCUUGCCUCUCUUGGCCUGGCCAACAAGCACGCAAAGCUCCUCUUCCUCGGUCUCGACAAUGCCGGAAAGACAACGCUUCUGCACAUGCUGAAGAACGACCGUGUAGCGGUUCUCCAGCCCAGUCCGUUCACCGCCCCUCCUUCCUCCGAAGAGCUCUCUAUCGGCAACGUCAAGUUCACAACUUUCGACCUGGGAGGCCAUGCACAAGCGCGCCGCCUAUGGCGCGACUACUUCCCCGAAGUCAGCGGCAUUGUAUUCCUUGUGGACGCCAAGGAUCACGAGCGACUCGCCGAGUCCAAGGCCGAGCUCGAUGCGCUGCUGGCCAUGGAGCCUCUGGCACACACUCCCUUCCUCAUCCUCGGAAACAAGAUCGACCAUCCCGAGGCCAUCUCCGAGGAUCAGCUUAGGGCUGAGCUUGGACUUUACCAGACAACCGGCAAGGGCAAGGUGCCGCUCGAGGGCAUCAGGCCCAUCGAGGUGUUCAUGUGCAGUGUGGUCAUGAGGCAGGGUUACGGCGAGGGUAUCAGGUGGCUCAGCCAGUACGUCUAG